AUGAGUGUGAUUGUUAAUCCUGGUUGUAUGACCGAAAGGACUGAUGAUCAUAGAGAGAAGUGUACCAAUAGCCUUUAUCUUAUUUCUAGGGAUGCACUAGAUGUAAAUGUGGAAAGGGCUGAAGACGUACUCAUGUACAAAUGGUUACUGCAUUUAGCUAAUGAUCCUACUAAUAGGCCUGCAUUUGAGAAGGUGACUUUCUAUGUACUGGACCUAUUGGUCACCGGGUUCAUGUCGAAGACAAUCCCCCGAUUCUCCUCAACAAGCCUUAGGAAGAUCAAUAGGCCUUUUGUCAAGUCAAUCAAGAGUCCGGACGGUGAUAUAAUAGACUGUGUUUUGUUUCAUCGUCAACCGGCUUUUGAUGUUCCUAAAUUGAAGGGAAAAAUGUCAAUGGUUCCACCAGAGUUACCAAAAGGACAUGAUAAUGUGGGUAAGAACCACGAAAUCAAGCAAUUAUGGAAUUCAAAGGGUGAAUCAUGCCCAAAUGGAACGAUUCCAAUUAAGAGACCAAGUGCUAGUGACAUUUCCAGAUCUACUUCAGUUUCUAAAUAUAGAAAGAAAUACAGUAGAAAAGACAUCCCAACUUCACCAGAACAUCAGCAUGCAAUUGGGUAUUCUAGGGAUGGAGAAUUCUAUGGAGCAAAGGCUCUUUUAAACGUGUGGCAACCAAAUGUUAGUAAAUAUGAUUUUAGUCUUUCACAAAUCUGGGUUUUGGGUGAUGUUCCAAAUCGUCCCGUUAACAGUAUUGAAGCUGGUUGGCAUGUUUCCCCAAAUGUACAUAAAGAUAGUCUUCCAAGACUGUUUACUUACUGGACACCAAGUGGGUAUAAGUCUGGAUGCUACAAUAUGGAGUGUCCAGGGUUCGUCCAAACCAAUCAAAAGGUUUCUCUUGGUGCCGCUAUAGAUCCAAUAUCAACAUAUAACGGCCAACAAUACGAUGUUGACUUUCUGAUAUGGAGGGACCCAAAGACUAAGGAUUGGUGGUUGAGAGUAGGAACCGAACUGAUGGGGUUCUGGCCGGCAGAUUUAUUCACAGAUCUUCACGAUCACGCGACAACAAUAGAAUAUGGCGGCGAAGUGUUUUCUCAAAACUUAGGUACGCAUACACGGACUCAAAUGGGUAGUGGACACUUCCAGGAUGAAGGUUUUGGGAAAGCAGCGUAUGCUAGGAACUUGGAAGUGAUUACUGGGGAUAAUCAUAUAAUUCCAGUUCCUAAUCUAAGAACAUUUGCAGAUGACCCUAAUUGUUAUGGUGUUAAACAAGAGUAUAGUGAUACUUGGGGUAAUUAUAUAUUUUUUGGAGGACCUGGAUAUAAUCCAAAUUGUCUCUAA